CCCACUGGGCACUCAGGGGCUGGGUGCUGCAGGAUGAGGGGAUGAGGAGCUCUGGCUCUGGCCUUGCUGGGCACUCAGGGGCUGGGUGCUGCAGGACACGGGGGCAGGGAGCUCUGGCUCUGGCCCCGCUGGGCACUCAGGGGCCAGGUGCUGCAGGACAUGGGGGCAGGGAGCUCUGGCUCUGGCCCCGGCCCCGCUGGGCACUCAGGGGCUGUGUGCUGCAGGAUGCGGGGGCGGGAAGCUCUGGCCCUGCUGGGCACUCAGGGGCCCAGGUGCUGCAGGACAUGGGGGCGGGAAGCUCUGGCCCCGCUGGGCACUCAGGGGCCCAGGUGCUGCAGGACGAGGGGAUGAGGAGCUCUGGCCCUGGCCCCGCUGGGCACUCAGGGGCCAGGUGCUGCAGGACACAGGGGUGGGGAGCUCUGGCCCCGCUGGGCACUCAGGGGCCAGGUGCUGAAGGACACGGGGUCGGGGAGCUCUGGCUCCGCUGGGCACUCAGGGGCCGGGUGCUGCAGGACACGGGGGCGGGGAGCUCCGGCUCUGGCCCUGCUGGGCACUCAGGGGCCGGGUGCUGCAGGACACGGGGGCAGGGAGCUCUGGCCCCACUGGGCACUCAGGGGCCAGGUGCUGCAGGACACGGGGGCGGGGAGCUCCGGCUCUGGCCCUGCUGGGCACUCAGGGGCCGGGUGCUGCAGGACACGGGGGCAGGGAGCUCUGGCUCUGGCCCCGCUGGGCACUCAGGGGCCGGGUGCUGCAGGACACAGGGGCAGGGAGCUCUGGCUCAUGCCCCGCUGGGCACUCAGGGGCUGGGUGCUGCAGGACAUGGGUUAGCUCUGGGACCGCUGGGGCAGGGGCUCAGCCUAGAGCAGUGGUCCCCAACCUUUAUGUGGCCAGUAGCACAUUCAUGUUUUCAGAAGAGUGUGGCGGGCGCCAACAAUUUUUCAAGGGUUAUUGUGUAUUUGUCCAUUAAAUAAUACAAAAAUUAUCAUAUUUAAUGUAACAUAUGAAUCCAGAGAGAAGCCACGAGGACAGAGAACACUGGUGCCCGCAGCCCGGGAGUUCUCUGUCCCCGUCAGGAGCGGGGC